AUGAAGCUGACCCUCGCUACUGCCUUACUGGCAGCCAGCGGGUGUGUCUCUGCGGGACAACCCAAGCUCAAGCAUCCUCAGCGCCAGACUAACAGCUCUAGCGAGCUCGCCUUUUCCCCUCCGCACUACCCUUCUCCAUGGAUGAACCCCCAAGCGACUGGGUGGGAGGACGCCUACGCCCGUGCCAGAGAGGUGGUAGAGCAGAUGACUCUGCUCGAAAAGGUCAACCUGACGACAGGUGUCGGCUGGAGCGGUGAUCUCUGCGUCGGAAACGUCGGCUCGAUCCCCCGAAUCGGCUGGAGGGGGCUUUGUUUGCAGGAUGGCCCACAGGGUAUCCGUUUCGCGGACUACGUCUCGUACUUCACUUCGAGCCAGACAGCCGGCGCUACCUGGGACCGAGGGCUUCUGUACCAGCGCGCUCACGCCAUUGGCGCCGAAGGAGUAGCCAAGGGCGUCGACGUCGUCCUCGGGCCCGCCAUUGGCCCUCUAGGUCGCCUUCCCGCCGGAGGUCGUAACUGGGAGGGUUUCGCCGUGGACCCUUACCUCAGUGGCGUUGCUGUCGCCGAAUCCGUCAGGGGCAUCCAGGAUGCUGGUGCUAUUGCCAACGUCAAGCACUACAUCGUCAAUGAGCAGGAACAUUUCCGCCAGGCUGGCGAGGCUCAAGGUUACGGCUACGAUGUCGACGAGGCAUUAUCGUCGAACGUUGACGACAAGACCAUGCAUGAGCUUUACCUUUGGCCAUUUGCAGACGCUAUCAACAACAGUUACGGCUGUCAAAACUCACAUCUUCUGAAUGGGCUCCUCAAGGACGAACUCGGCUUUCAGGGGUUCGUCCUCAGCGAUUGGCAAGCGCAGCAUGCUGGUGCUGCCACUGCCGUUGCUGGACUUGACAUGGCCAUGCCCGGUGACACUCGCUUCAACACCGGAGUCGCCUUCUGGGGCGCUAACCUUACCAAUGCCAUUUUGAACGGCACCGUUCCCGAAUAUCGGCUCGAUGACAUGGCCAUGCGUAUUAUGGCGGCCUUUUUCAAAGUUGGAAAGACCCUGGACGAUGUUCCUGACAUCAACUUCUCGUCUUGGACAAAAGACACCAUCGGCCCGCUGCACUGGGCGGCCCAGGACAAUGUGCAGGUCAUCAACCAACACGUUGAUGUCCGUCAAGACCACGGCGCCCUCAUUCGCACCAUCGCUGCCCGCGGUACUGUCUUACUAAAAAAUGAGGGAUCACUGCCUCUGAACAAGCCGAAAUUUGUUGCUGUCAUUGGUGAAGAUGCUGGCCCUCGUCCUGUUGGUCCCAAUGGCUGCCCUGAUCAGGGUUGCAAUAACGGCACUCUGGCUGCUGGAUGGGGAUCUGGCACCGCCAGUUUCCCUUAUCUCAUCACUCCUGAUAGUGCUCUUCAGUUUCAAGCCGUUUCGGAUGGCUCGCGAUACGAAAGCAUCCUCAGCAACUGGGAUUAUGAGCGCACAGAGGCCUUGGUUUCCCAGGCGGAUGCUACUGCUCUGGUUUUCGUCAAUGCAAACUCUGGCGAAGGAUAUAUCAGCGUUGAUGGAAACGAAGGUGAUCGCAAGAACCUCACUCUCUGGAAUGGAGGAGACGAGCUUAUUCAACGAGUCGCUGCGGCCAACAACAACACCAUCGUCAUCAUCCAUUCGGUUGGUCCCGUUCUAGUCACUGACUGGUACGAGAAUCCCAAUAUCACGGCUAUCAUCUGGGCCGGCUUACCCGGACAGGAGUCUGGCAACUCUAUCGCCGAUAUUCUUUACGGCCGCGUGAACCCUGGUGGCAAGACACCUUUCACCUGGGGUCCAACUGUUGAGAGCUACGGCGUUGACGUCCUGAGAGAGCCCAACAAUGGCAAUGGUGCUCCCCAGAGCGAUUUCGACGAGGGAGUCUUCAUCGAUUACCGUUGGUUUGACCGGCAGUCGGGUGUUGAUAACAAUGCAUCAGCGCCGAGGAACAGCAGCAGCAGCCACGCCCCAAUCUUCGAGUUUGGCUAUGGCCUUUCGUACACAACCUUUGAAUUCUCCAAUCUUCAGAUUGAGAGGCAUGACGUUCACGAUUACGUCCCUACCACUGGGCAGACGAGCCCUGCGCCGAGAUUUGGUGCUAACUACAGUACGAACUACGACGACUACGUCUUUCCCGAGGGCGAAAUCCGUUACAUCUAUCAACACAUCUACCCAUACCUCAAUUCCUCAGACCCAAAGGAGGCAUUGGCUGAUCCUAAAUACGGCCAAACUGCAGAAGAGUUCCUCCCAGAGGGCGCUCUUGAUGCCUCACCGCAGCCUAGGCUCCCAGCUUCUGGAGGGCCCGGAGGCAACCCAAUGCUUUGGGACGUCAUAUUCACGGUCACCGCGACCGUGACCAACACGGGUAAGGUUGCUGGGGACGAAGUGGCACAGCUUUACGUUUCUCUUGGUGGACCUGACGAUCCGAUUCGAGUCCUCCGUGGGUUCGACCGCAUUCACAUCGCGCCUGGAGCCUCGCAAACCUUCCGUGCGGAACUCACGCGCCGGGACCUCAGCAACUGGGAUGUUGUCACGCAAAAUUGGUUCAUCAGCCAGUACGAAAAGACGGUCUUUGUCGGGAGCUCAUCCCGAAACCUCCCUCUCAGCACUCGCCUCGAAUAG